AUGGCGACCACAUUGGAAGAUAAAGCUAUUUGGGAUGAUGGAGAGGAAAUUGAUCUCGAAAUUCUGCGUAUGUCCACGGAAGAAAUUACAAGUCGGACUAGACUUUUGGACAAUGACAUCAAGAUCAUGAAAAGUGAAAUAAUGCGUGUUAACCAUGAACAACAAGCAAUGAAAGACAAAAUAAAGGAAAACACCGAGAAAAUCAAAGUUAACAAAACCUUGCCCUAUCUUGUCUCAAAUGUUAUUGAGUUACUUGAAGUGGAUCCCCAAGAACAGGCUGAAGAAGAAGGUGCUAAUGUUGAUUUGGAUUCACAAAGAAAAGGGAAAUGUGCCGUCAUUAAAACAUCAACGAGACAGACAUAUUUUCUUCCUGUUAUUGGCCUGGUUGAUCCAGAAGAACUGAAACCUGCAGAUUUGAUUGGGGUAAAUAAGGAUUCCUAUCUCAUCUUGGAGAAGCUACCAACAGAAUAUGACUCGCGGGUCAAGGCUAUGGAAUUGGAUGAAAGACCUACGGAACAAUACAGUGAUAUUGGUGGUCUAGAUACGCAAAUACAAGAGCUAAUAGAAGCUGUAGUUCUCCCUUUGACCCACAAAGAUCGUUUUGAAAAUUUGGGAAUUAAACCACCUAAAGGUGUGUUAUUGUAUGGACCACCUGGUACUGGGAAGACAUUGAUGGCAAGAGCUUGUGCUGCACAAACUAAAUCUACUUUUUUGAAGUUAGCUGGCCCACAGUUAGUUCAGAUGUUUAUUGGUGAUGGAGCUAAACUUGUCAGAGACGCGUUCGCUUUGGCAAAAGAAAAGGCACCCGCAAUCAUAUUUAUAGACGAGUUGGACGCCAUUGGCACUAAAAGAUUUGACAGUGAAAAAGCUGGCGAUAGAGAGGUACAAAGGACUAUGCUGGAAUUGUUAAAUCAAAUGGAUGGUUUUAGCUCAUCACUUAACAUCAAGGUGAUUGCCGCGACUAAUCGUGUUGAUAUUCUCGAUCCGGCUUUGCUGAGAUCCGGUCGCUUUGAUAGGAAGAUCGAGUUUCCCAAUCCCAACGAGGAAGCCAGAGCUAGGAUUCUACAAAUCCACUCGAGGAAAAUGAAUGUUAGUUCGGAUGUGAAUUUUGAAGAGUUGUCGAGAUGCACAGACGACUUCAACGGUGCGCAAUGUAAAGCAGUCUGCGUCGAAGCGGGUAUGAUCGCGUUACGACGAGGUGCUACUGAAGUUGGUCAUGAAGAUUACAUGGACGGUAUUUUGGAAGUUCAAGCGAAGAAGAAGGCCAACUUGGCAUAUUAUGCAUAGACACUGGUGAGGUAACAAAGUUUUUUCGCAACCUCUAGUAGUUUUUCCGGAAUUUUGUUCAAAUAAUUUGUAGUAAAACUCUUUCGAAAAAAAAGGGAAAUAUGCUUUUCCCAGUGACUCUAGCCUGUGCACAGGUGUCACUCGAAUAUAUCUAGUUUUUCCUGAACCUCUCGUAUGCCGGAAAUGGACGCUAAAAGAAGACAAGUAUUUAACUAGUAGCAUUCGAACAUCGAAUUUAUUAUCAAAAAAUCGUAUACAUGUAUACAUAAUUCUCUCUAGAACGGAAAGAUUACUGAAAUAAAACUUAUCUCCUUAAAAUUGAGAAAUUUAUAAAUCCAUAUAUGUGCUCUCUUUAAAAUUGAG